AGGAGAAUAGGAUUGGACCAGAGGUAUUUGGGAUAAUGCCUUCAAGGUUAAACUUUUGUUGUGUAUGAAUGGCAUUAUAUCGCUCGACAGAAAACGGACGGAGAUUAAGAAGCCUAAGCUUAAUAUUUUCGGACGGAAUUAAAUGCUUGCCUGAAAGUUAUUUAUUGCUGGAAUUUUUUACCUUGCAUCUAUUAUUCCAAUUUCAUAGCUACCAAGAGUGGUCAAUCUGUCAAUGUGAAACAAAAUUUCCUCACAUAUGCCUUCAUUUUCAUCAUAAUCCUUGGAAUUUGCUAACAGGUUAUGAUGAUCAAUUACUGUGGCAGGUUAAGAUCGUCAAUGGAAGGUUAUCUUGAUGCUUUUGACCCAAAGAACUCUAUUGUUCCAGCUGGAAUUUUCACUAAUCGGGUUGAGGAUCUCGAAUUCGAAUGUGUUACCACAUCCCUCAUGGAGCGAGUAAUCCUCUUUCUAAAUGAUGCUAGGGAAAACCUCAGAUGCUCAAUGGCUAAGGAUACAGCCACUAUCAAGAAUGAGUGCUUACAAAUUGCUGAAGAUCCUAAGUGCACAGGAGUAUCUAUGAAAUGCAAUGAAGAAGAAUCAUUUUUUCAUCUGCCUAAAGAUAUAUCAGUGGAUUUCCAGAAAAAGUUCACGUUUUCCAAACAUGAGAAGCAAGGCACAGAAUCUAGUUUCUUUUUGGGCAACACAGAUAACUACAGAUUACUUACAGGGGAAGAGCAUGGAAUUAGCACCCAUUUGGAUUCUUAUGAUUGCGGAGAUAUGGAGAAGGAAGAUCUGCUUCUUGAUCAGUUGCUGCAUUCAAGAAGUGUUUCAAUGGAAGAGUUGAGAGCAAGUCGACAACAGGUUAUCCUUGUGGCAUCGCUACUUGAUCGCAUACCUAAUCUUGCUGGAUUGGCACGGACAUGUGAGGUAUUUAAAGCAACUGGUUUAGUCAUUGCAGACAAAAAUGUACUUCAUGACAAGCAAUUCCAACUCAUCAGGUUUUUCAAUAGUGCUCUACCAUCUGUUCUGUGA